AUGGGGGAGAUGCAGAACAUCACCACCACACGUGAACAGGUAGAGCUGCGAGGGCUGGAGAAGUUCACCAACUACAGUGUCCAGGUGUUAGCCUACACGCAGGCUGGGGACGGAGUCCGCAGCAACGUCCUCUACAUCCAGACCCGCGAGGACCACCCCCUACGAGUGACCUUGUCUCCUAAGAAUCUGAAAACGGGUAUCAGCAGCACGUUGUUCUUCACCUGCACUGUAGAGGGCUCUCCGGAAUAUACCAUCACCUGGUACAGGAACACCGAGCCCAUUGUCCCCGACCAGCACAUCUCCAUCCAGGGACAACACAAUGACACGCUCCAGAUCACUGCAGCACAGAAGUUCCACUCUGGGGCCUACCAGUGCUUCGCCUCCCGAAAGGGCCACACUGCUCAGGACUUCUCCAUUAUUCUGCUAGAGGAUGGUACUCCUCGUAUUGUGUCUUCCUUCAGCGAGCGGGUGGUGAAUCCUGGGGAGCCGUUUUCCCUCAUGUGUGCCGCCAAAGGAGCACCACCUCCCUCCAUCACCUGGACACUGGAUGAUGAGCCUGUGGUGCGAGACUCCACCUACAAAACCAGCCAGUACACCCUGUCAGAUGGCCUGACUGUGUCACACGUCAACGUCAGCAGCCCGCUUAUUCGAGAUGGGGGAGUGUAUCGUUGCGUCGCACGCAACUCGGCCGGUAGCGCCGAGUACCAAGCGCGCAUAAACGUAAGAGGUCCACCCCGAAUCAGACCCAUGCGGGACAUCACUGCAGUGGCAGGCAGGAAUACCUACAUAACUUGCCGUGUAAUUGGUUACCCAUAUUACUCCAUCAAGUGGCUGAAGGAUGGCAUGCAGCUACCCGAUAAUCACCGUCAAGUGCUGUUUGAUAAUGGCACCCUGAGGCUGACAGAUGUGCAAAAGGGUGCAGAUGAGGGCACAUAUUUGUGCAGUGUUCUGAUCCAGCCCCAGGUAUCAAUCAACCAGACUGUCCACGUCACUGUCAAAGUGCCGCCGCUGAUUCAACCCUUCGAUAUCCCCUCUACCUCAGUGGGGAAGCUCAUGUAUAUCGCCUGUGUAGUGUCAUCUGGGGACAUGCCCAUACGCAUCACCUGGCACAAAGAUGGCCAACUCAUCGUGCCAGGCUCUGCCUCUGGCAUGGGAAUAGAGACCAAAGAAUUCAUGAGCUCCCUGCAAAUAUCCAAGGUGACACUGAAGCACAAUGGAAACUACACCUGCAUCGCCAGCAACGCCGCUGCAACCGUCAGCUGGGAAAGACAGUUAAUCGUUACUGUGCCACCACGUUUUGUGGUACAGCCCAACAACCAGGAUUGUAUCUAUGGCAAAGCUGGGGUCCUCAACUGCUCUGUGGAGGGUUACCCACCUCCGAAAGUCAUGUGGAAACAUGCCAAGGGUGUUGGAAACCCUCAGCAGUACCACCCUGUCCCUCUAACUGGUCGUAUCCAGAUCAUGUCAAAUGGCUCUUUGCUCAUCCGACAUGUUCUUGAGGAUGAUCGAGGAUACUACCUGUGCCAGGCAUCCAAUGGAGUGGGCUCAGACAUCAGUAAGAGUAUGAUCCUUACUGUCAAGAUUCCUGCCAUGAUCACCAGCCACCCCAACACUACCAUGGCUAGAAAGGGCCAGACCAAGGAGCUGAACUGCACAGCGCGGGGCGAGCAGCCCAUCAUCAUACGCUGGGAGAGAGGGGACACGGUCAUCGAUGCUGAGAGAAACCCCCGUUACUCCAUCACAAUAAACAAGAAGGGAGAUGAAGUCAUCUCUACCUUGAAGUUAAACCCAGCUGAGCGAGGAGAUUCCGUCUUCUUCUCCUGUCAUGCCAUCAACUCCUAUGGAGAAGGACGAGGGCUCAUCCAGCUCACUGUCCAAGAACCACCAGAUCCUCCAGAGUUAGAAGUGAGGGAGGUGAAGGACAGGAGCAUGAACCUGCGCUGGAUCCAGAGGUUUGAUGGCAACAGCAUCAUCACCAGUUAUGACAUUGAGUACAAGAACAAGUCAGACACCUGGAUCACAUGUACACAACCAGGAACAUCUCGCCCACCAACAACCAGGCCAAUAUUGUGGAAUUGCACCCGGCCUGUGUUUACAGCAUUCGCAUGUACUCCUACAACAAGAUUGGCCGUAGUCUUCCCAGCAAAGAGCUCACAAUCAGCACAGAGGAAGCACCACCUGACGGACCACCAGUGGAUGUGAUACUGCAGCCGAUGACAUCUCAGAGCAUACGGGUUACAUGGAGGGCUCCUAAGAAGGAGCUGCAGAAUGGAGUGAUCCGAGGCUACCAGAUCGGUUACAGAGAGAAUGGUCCAGGCAGCAAUGGCCAGUACAGCAUAGUGGAGAUGAAAGCCACAGGGGACAGUGAAGUGUACACCUUGGACA